CUAUAAAGAUGGUUAAAACUAGAAUAGAUUUGUUGUGAAACCAUCGAAAUCUGACAUCGAAUAGGUACAUACAAUCCACAUGUACACUUCUACGAACAUCGAAGUAAUAGGUAAAAUAAACAAAAUUUAUAUGAUAUUUUGCUUCCCGUUUCCUGUAGCGUUAGGACAGCAAUGAAAAAGUGGAAUUUGUUCACACUCUCGAUAUCGCUAUUAGCAGUAUGUAUCACUUUGGGUACUACUAACGCAGAUAAUGUAGAUGUCGGGGCUGGAAAUGGAGCUUUAAAUAAAGAUAUGAAAUCAAGAGUUGAAGUGGGUGGAGCGACGAACAAUACAAGAUCUGAUAAGAACACUACAAAACUGGAUGACGAUAAAGCUAUAACUAGUGAUAUUAACAUCAAAACCAUUGGCCAUUGCACUAAAUUUAAAAAUCGAUACAAAUCAAAUUCUCGAACUCUUUACAUACAUAAAAAGGCCCGUAAUGUAGUGAUAUGGAGUUCACCAAGAGAACCAAGUGUAGCUACAGCGGCGUUACUGGCAACAGCUAUAAGAUAUAUUGGCUAUACCAAUGUUACUACUCGAAUUGACAAUCGUACCACUUGUGAAUUCGUUAGUUCUCUACCCAGGUUGCUAAAUCUUGAAGGAACUGCAUACGAGGAAAUCAUGAUACAUGUUGAUGCGAAUUUGACAUCCUUAGAAGACUGUCCGAAAUUGGACGAAAUCUGCGCACAGAUGGAUACAUCCUGCAAUAUCGCCGGGCAUCGACUAGAGGUGAUGGGCACAGCCUUAGGAUUGGAUGUACGUUUACACGCCAGCCUCUCAAUAUACGCUGCCAACGACUCCAACUGCAAGGACUAUGACACGUGGUACUUCUACAAUGACAACAACAAGCUACAACGUUGUGGUUUUAUCCAAAACGUAACAAACAGUAAUGGCACAAGUCAAACGUGCGUUCCAGUGUUGAAGUCGGAAACUAUGAGUGCAACAAUGUUUCCAAUGCCUGAAAUAUUCUGCUCCGUUACACUUAAAAACCGCAGAGAAUUAAUCACUUGGCUCAGAAACAAUACAAGCUCGUACCUUUUCUAUGACUACGACCUUUGGGAAGAUGCACAGAAAGACUAUCUAAGGAAAGUUAUGAUUCAAUCUCAAGAUACUAUCUCUACUGCCUCCAAAGUUACGGCCCUCUUGGCUGAUAUAGACAUUUUCCGGCAAUAUGCUCCUAGAAUUCGAGGCCUAUUCACCAGGUUUAAACCCAAACCGGAAGACCUACGACAAGUUCUCGACAUCUCAAAUACGCACGACAUCGAAGAAUCCGCCUGCGCGUGGGCAAACAGUAACAUCGAAAAAAUUGACCUAUGGACCAACACAUCUGAUACCUAUUUUUGGAUACAAGUCCAAAUCUGUAAUGACGAGUUAUAUUACCAGUACAUGGAAGUACUAAAAGUAAUACAUAACUACGUUAAUAAGGCCAUAGAUAAUUCUAAGCUAAAAAUAGAGUGUCACAAAAUUAACUGUAGUGAUAUCAACGUUGUAAGCCGACAAUUAACAAUAUUAACUCGUAGUCGACGAUGGCAAUGGUUAAUGGGGAUAGCAACAGCGGGGGCUGGAACAGCGGCUGCAGUUGAAGCUGCCGCCUCCAUCACGGGACCGCAAUUGAUGGUCUACGACAUGCCUCCAACACGUGCACAUCUCCAUGACUCAGCGAGCACAUCUAACGGUCGCUUGCAACCCUUAACACGCGCUCUCCGAAAAUUCUUCAAAGAACAUAAUUGGAAACGCAUUGCUCUAAUUUCAGAAAAUUCGAUACUCGCUGAAGAUUUGACUGCGAAUUUAGUGGCCGAUGGAAAAAUAAUUCACAAAGAAGUUUUUAUUGAUUCGACAAAGAUUACAGAUACCCUUAGAAGUUUAAGCAACUUUCAAGCAAGAAUAUUUUUUGUAAACGCCGGAUUUCAUAUUGCAAACGAAGUUAUUUGCGAAGCUUCAAGGUUGGGCAUGGCAUCGCCAUAUUUCGUAUGGAUAGUUCGCGAGUGGCAUCCAACUGCAAAAUCUAUAUGUUCAGAAGACGUUAAAGUGCACACUGUGUCGUACUCGUGGCGUGGUUGGCCACCAUUCUAUCCAGACAAUUCUGGCGCAAAUAAGAGUCUACAGGAAGACCUAAAAUCGAUAUUUAAAUAUGGACCCAUCCUUCCGUUCGCAGCAUCAUUAGCUGAUGCACUUUUAAUGAUGGCUCACGGAUUGAAUGCUGUGCUUCGAAGACAUCCUGAACUACGCUAUGAUAUACAUGCCAGUAACACGACUAGCAAAAUCGCGAGGAUGUUGGAAAGCGACAUAUCAGUGGCGGGUGCAUCGCAAAUACUGCGGCAAAAACAGCACGCUUUGGCCAAUCCAUAUGUAUACGUAUCUACUUGGCAAGGCAACAAUAGCGACCUACUUGCAGUAUGGCAAAUAGACGAAGACGAUAAUGUUAAAGAAAUACGAAAUAUACAAAAGAUCGAUCAUCCACCAGACGACGGUUCACGCCGGUGUUUAACUACUCAAUCUGGGGAUCCCUUCACACCAAAUUGCCACGACGGGAUUUUGCUUUGCGCGGCAGUAGUGGUACUAUUGACUCCCGUAGCGUUGUGGUUAGCAAGAAGAGCACGCCUCAGACGUCUAAUGAACCGUGACCACGAGAUCCUAAUUCGUUUCCUGGCGAGGUGUCAGAAAACUGCGUCGCUACUGUCUACUUAUUUGGUAGACCGUUCAGCGUUGGAGCUACAUGAAGAGUUGGGUACGGGCCACUUUGGACGAGUCCGUUUUGGACUUUUGCGUCUGCCAAACCGCGCCCCAGCCUCUGUUGCUGUUAAGGCUCUACUCAAAGACGCAUCAGCAGCGGAAGAAGCAGAAUUUCUGCGUGAAGCCAGUGCACUGGCGUCGUUAAAACAUAAACAUGUCAUCAAGCUGGUGGGCGUUUGCGCUACGGAUGGCCCACCACUGCUUUUAAUGGAACACGCCUUUUUUGGGGAUCUACUCCAUUACCUACGCGCGAGAUAUCACCUUGCUGAAAUACAUGAGAGAGAUCCGUACAUGCACGAUAAAGAUAGUGUUGACGAGGAGUCUCUGCAAGUGUCUCCAAAGGAGCUGACCCGCCUAGCUCGAGAGGCUGCAGAAGCCCUGGCGUACCUGGUGAACCGCAAGCUGGUACAUCGCGACGUACGGGCAGCCAACUGUCUAAUCGACGCACGCCGCUCCCUCAAACUUGCUGAUUUUGGUUUAGCACGAUCGGUGGGUAAGAAAACCAAUGUUGAGCCGUCAGAAAAAGAAAUGGAAUCUGACUACAAAUACAUUUGCCAGCGACGUGGGGUGUUUCCCGUGCCGUGGAUGGCGCCGGAGUGCUUAGAACAUGGGGAAUUCUCAUACGCUUCUGAUGUCUGGGCAUUAGGUGUGAUGAUACUAGAAGUGACUACGCUGGGGGCGCGGCCAUUCGGCACGUGGCGACCGCCGAGGGUGCUUGCGUACGUGCGCUCUGGAGGCCGACCGCUGCUGCCUCGAGACGCUUCCUAUCAUACGUGCGAAGUAACAGCAAUGUGUUGGCACCCGAUACCGAGCGAGCGAGCGACAGCGCGGCAAGUGGUGGAAUAUCUGCGCGAACACCCAAUGGCCCUACGCGCGGCUCUGCGCCCCGCUUGGCCCGAGCAGUCGCCUUCGCCCGACGCUACCGACAGCGGCUUCGGAGAGAGAGACGAGCAAGAUUUUGCCAAGGAGCUCAGGGUCUGCACGUUAUAAUGCUCUCUACAUAAAAAGAGUAAAAAGAUCAUAAAACAGCAGGACUUGCGUUUUUGUAAUGUAGGUUUACCUAUACAGGACCCAGCGACGUCAUAACUACUUGUCGUAGGAGUCGUGAAGUAAACGGGUAUUAAUUACAAAUUACAAUGGCACAUUUUGUAUUAGCUAUUUUGUGUCUGACAAAACUCGGGGUUGAUUUUUGCCUACCCUAUCUUGCAUUAGCCUUAAUAUUAUAAUCCUUUCCCUGAAAUAUCCUAACUGCACAUAAAAUUACGAACACGAAAACUUUUGUCGUUUUCAAGGACUUGAAAAGGUUAAGGUACCGGUACCUACGGUACUGGUGUAUAGUACGUAGUAUUAGUCCUUAUUCUAAUAGGAAAUCGUAAUUUCAUACCGGUAUGAUAACGAAAGCGUAACACCGCUUGAUACUUUAAACUUUUCAAGCCAUGGUUUCAAAUUUCAUCGUUUUCUUCAUUCUAGCAUGGACAAACAAGUUAUGAAAUAAAGCAAUUUUAUUAAAGAAAAAGACUCACAUAAUACGGGAGCGGUCCUGAAUAGUCCGUGAUAGCAAUCCAGGGCACAAUUUUCCACUUUUUCACAAUAUUUUCACGAAAACUUCACAGCUGUCAAUAUCUUCGCGGCCAUUCGCGGAAGACUGGACUACUGGACGAACUGACCGUCUGACCGACGCCCACCGCCACCUAGCGACGGAAAUUAGUAGCUUGCGGGUCGCAAUCAAUGGCGCUACCGGAAGCUCUAAAUUUAAAUGCCACCAAUGACCAAGUAUUAGAAUUCUUAUACUCGAUCCUUGAAAUGCCAUGAUAUAUUUUAUAAUAAUUAAAAAGUGGAUUUGGGGAUUUAAACUUUUAAUUUAUCAAUAUUGAAAUGUCGAUGGUAUUAUAAUAUGUACCUACGAGUAAGGCUCUCUGCGUCCACGUAAACCGCACGUCAUGCACGAGGUUCUCUAUUUAUAUGCAUAAAUUUUUAUGUAAUAAUUUACCAUGGCAUAAUGUUACUUGUCCUAUUAUUAGUUACGCAUAGUAUCAAUUUGUCAUAACUUUUUAAGCAUAAUUUUGAAACGCAUAACUACUAUAAGCCUAAUAAUUAAUGACAAUAAUGAUAUAUAAGCAUAAUUAUUAUAAGCAUAAAAACUAUACUCCGAAUAAGAAAAGUUUUGGCACAACUUUGAACAUUUCCGAAACUUACUUUUUCCUUGGCUGCAUUUGGUUCAUGAUUGUGACUUUUUAUAUUUUUUGACUUUAUUUCAUGCUGUUGAUCAUCAUUCAGUAUACUUUUCGUGUGUAAGAUAAACAUGCUGGCGGCGUAGGGGUGGCCCGAGGGCCACCCCCGCCGCACCCUAACCUACUGUUAUGCCUUGUAAAAAUUAUGACAAAACACUAUUAUUCUAAAAAAGAAUUAUGGAUACUUAUUUAUAUGCGGAUCAAAUUUAUACCAACAAAUAUUAGUCCAAAAAUAAGUUAUACCUAACAAACCAGUAUUCUUAGAUGUAAUUAUGGGAAAGUACUAUUAUGCUUAAAAACGUUAUGCGUAAAGGAUUAUGAUAAUUAAAAUUAUGACAAAACUAUUUAUGCAUUUUAAGAGAAUCCCCAUGCACGAUUGCUAAACGAGUUUUUGCAAGAAGCAAUGCUUCACUGCCGGCUGCAUGUCACAAAUAUAAGCAAGAAUUCUUAUCUAAUUCUUUAUUCUGUAUUAUCAAUACAUACAUACAUAAACUCACACCCCUAAUUCCUAGUAAUCAGAGACAAGUUGCAGCGAAGUCCAACCAAUGUAUAAUUAUAUUGUUACUAUAGGUCCCAAGACAUAAUCAUAAACUUUGUGGUAACAAAGGAUCAGCCUAUCGUCCAUAACAAUUGUAAUUUGAAGUAGUCAAUGGUGCUAAUUCCUAUAGACACCAUUUAAACUUAUUUUAAGUUAUCCCUGACAUUUUCUAAUUUGCCGAAAGGGAAAAGGACGGGUAAUUGACAGCUGUCAGCUCUUAAUUUUAAAAUUAAUGAAUGAAUAACCCGAGAGAAUCAAAUAGGGUCUCGCUGGUAUAUACACACAUACUUGACGUGUGCUGUCAACUUCAUUCUCUCGGGUUAUUUACCAAUGUAAAAUUUUUAGAGCUAUGUUUUAUAUUUCUGCCUGAAAUGUACGUGUGUCAAACGGGUGUCCCAUAAAUGUUAUGCUUGUCGAUUACUCGUCCAUUCGCUUUCUUCUAUUCUGUCAAAGAGGUGUUUUAAAUGUAAUUAUUUCACAUCGCGUUAAUAAUAAGUUACUUUUUAUUGGUACAAAGAAGAAGCGGAGUAUUACUAUAUUAAGUAUUGAUUCUUUUUACAGUAUAUAAUUAUGUUAAUUGUGCAUUAUUUUAUAAGUGACACUAUUAUUCAAUAAAACAAUUUUAAUUUAAAUAAUAACUUGUUAUAUUUCCAUAAUUCUAUAAUAAUAAUGAGUAGUUACAAUAAUUUGAAUAUAUUAUCAAUAUAUAGCUUAAGAAAAUAUGCCUUGUUAACUUGCCACCCUUUAACAAUAUUAUAAACACAACAGCCCCGAUUCUUACAGAUACCUCCUAAUUUUAUUCAAGUUACACCUGUCAUUUUCUUAUCCGCCGAAAAGGAAAGUGACGGAUGACAACUGUUAAUUUUAAAAUAACGAAAGUUUGACGGGUGCUGUUAACAUAAUUCUUUCAGGUUAUUGGCUAAUAUACAAUUUUGGGAGGGUUCUUAAAUUUCUGCAUAAUAUUGAUGUAUUCCAUAAAUUUUAUUCCCGUCGAUUACCCGUCUCUUUCCUUUUCAGGGCAUAAGAAAAUGACA